GCAGGAAAUAAACAAAAGCAGUCCAGGCGCUGAUGCUUUUAUAUGAUUAGUGUUUGUAAAUGUUUUUAUCAACCCUCACGUUGUACAAUUGUCCCAAAAAUGAGUGUUCGUUCGUAUGUUCUCCGUUAAGUUGUCGGAGAUGUUAUCUUAUGUUUAGGAAAAGUUAAACCAAAAAGAGGAAUUCUGACAGCUUCAACGCUCCUGUGUCGGUGGAGUGUUUUUCUCCGUCCCUGGGUCGUGAUGAGCACCAAGAGGCUGGAGCGGUUCCAGGUGGAGUGUGAGUGGAACUGCUGCGGGUUCAGGGGCAGCACCGUGGAGCAGCUCAGCGACCACAUGGCCCUGCACCUGAGGGACCACCUGGGGGACAGGGACGCCCUGGAGGAGCUGGAUGAAUAUGCUUGUCUUUGGAACGGAUGUGAAUUCCUGGCCAUGGGCAGCCCUGCAGAGCUGGAAGUGCACGCUCAUUUCCACAACUACCACAGUAAGCUCAAGUUUGUUGGGUCACAGCUGCUCGAGUCCCGUCCCGAUCUACCGAGCUGCAACCAAGGCCUGCACAGCACCAACCUGUUGCCCGAAGGAUCAGACCAAUAUGCUUGCCAGUGGGAACAUUGUGAUAGCACCUUUAAUAAUCCUGAGUGGUUCUACCGCCAUGUGGACAAUCAUGUAGAAAGUGCUGAGCCGCAGGCUCUUCCACAGCAGCAGCAGGCACUCUUCUGCAGCUGGGCAGGUUGUGACGCCUUCUUCAAGAUUCGGUACCGGCUGAGGGAACACAUGCGGAGUCACACUCAGGAGAGACUUGUAGCUUGUCCCACAUGUGGCAGCAUGUUUUCCAGCAACACGAAGCUGUUUGAUCACCUCCAUAGACAGGCUGAUCCAAUAGAGUCCCUGGUUUGUGAACAUUGUGGCAAAGCCUUUCCCAGUGAGAGACUUUUGAGGGAUCACAUUCGUCAACAUGUGAAUCAAGUGAAGUGUCCGUUCUGUGAUAUGACCUGCACCACGUUAGCAGCUCUGAAGAUCCACAUCAGGUUCCGUCACUGUGAUGAGCGACCCUUCCCAUGUGACUUCUGUGACAAAAGAUUUAAGAAUCAGCGCGAUCUCCAGAAGCAUACAGAAGUUCACAAUGAGGGUGCCGUGUAUCACUGCACGGUGGAGGGAUGCGAUUAUUCCUGUCACACAUUCCAAACCAUGAGCCAUCACUUCAAGAGAGCCCACGAGGUCGGGGGGAUGUCUAAGUAUAAAUGCCACAUUUGUGAUAAGGUCUUCUCUUGGUGUUACACUCUCACUCUUCAUCUUCGUAAAAAGCAUGAGCUGAAAUGGCCUUCUGGACAUUCACGCUUCAGAUACCGGAAGGAUGUCGAUGGAUUUUUAAAAGUAAACAUGGUGCGGUUUGAGACUGUUGAGGUAACAAAGGAGAUCAUGAAGAACAUGGCUAAAAAGCCACAGAGUCUUCGACAAAGUCAGAAGACCAGCAGCCGGAGCAAGAGGGCCGCCGUCACCCCAGAGAGCGGCAGAAGCUCCCCCACGGGAUCCUCCUCGCCUUCCUCCAGUUCCUCCUCCUCGUACUCGUCAGACCUCUCCGGAGGAGAGGACGCGUCGUCUCAGCACAGCCCCCGAGGCGGCGAGUCUCCGGUCUACUGCGUGAUGAGCACCAUUCCCCCCUCUGAGGACGAGCCCGGGGGGCCGUCGCAGGAGGACUGCGACGGUGGCGGGACUUCUGGAGCCGUCAAGGCUCUGACGGAGGUGGCCAGGGGCCUCGGCAUGGACGUGGUGUGACCGCGCACGGCAUCGCAGCACACAUGCCCAGUCCAGGUUCUCGGGUAGCUGCAGUUUGGUGGAAUAGUUCCAGGAUGUUGCUCCGCAGGGGGGUUAACAGGAUUUUAUUUAUUGCAGCCUUAAAAUGUUGCUGAAUCUUAUUCUUGAACAUUUUAAAUAUAUGUUCUUUUUUUUUUUAAUGCAAUUGCAACCGUUUCUCAUCUUUUGUCUAGCUGAAGAUUAAGCUUGUGAAUUUAGUCCAAAUUAAAGAAUAUAUACGACUUUUAUUAAACACAUCUAUAGAUUAUAUAAUAACGCUGUCAAGAUGAAUAUUUUUAUAGUUCAGCACUUUGAUUUUGAGCCAGAUGAUGUCCCCAUAAACUUGUUAUAUUUUGAGUUAACUUAUUUGCUUGUUAAGUAAUGAAUCUUAUUUUUUAUUUACAUAUUUUCUAUGUCCAGACAGGAGCGUAGAUACAAAAUGGCCAAUAUCAGCCCACCUAUUUUAAUAAGGAAUGUUACUUUUUAUCUCAACAUCAGUGGACAGAUGUUGGAUUUGUGACCUUGUAUUUUGAUUGUGAAGCUUCAAAUGUUGUAUUUGUAGAACUUUUAUCACAUGUGUUAAUCUAACUACGUACAGGAUCCAGUUGUGUUUAAGGAAGUACCAAAUUAGCAUUUGGGACCAUGAUUAAUUAGGAAAAUGUGUAAGUUCCUUCUAGACCUCAUCUGGACUUCUUUUUGACUCCCGUGAGUCGACCCCUGCUGGCUGUUGGACAGAAAGGCGAGUGAAACGACUGAGAAAUGACUUGAUUUUCAGGCGGGUGGGUUCCAACUAGUUUUCAUACAAUCUAUCAAUUCAAUAUAAAAAAUACACAAGCACAUAGAUGGUAAUAUGUUUAAUGAAGUGCCUUGUUUAGCAUGUGAAUCAUUACAACAUGUGUCAAAUGUUAAGAUCAUUAUUCUUCAUAAGGAAUCCUCUUUUUUCCUCCCUGCUCUUAAUGAGAAGCUACUGAAAUGAUACACAGACUCACCAUGAAUCAGUAACUGUUGUCCUGGGUGGAGCUGUUCUGUUAUGUUUGUUUUUAAAUCGAGCAACUGAGGACAUCCAGUUGUCAUAACAGUGGUUAUUAAAGUGACAGAGUAUGUCCCUUUCUCUGAGGUAAAGUGUUUCCUGCUCCGGGGAAAUGGGCAAAUAAAGUGGUGCUGGAAAG